AUGGCCACCAGUACCAGGGAAUCCACCCUUGCAGCUUAUGAAGCUGGUGUGCAAACAAACGGAAAUAAAAGAAACCAGGUUUUGAAAAUUGGACAUGGUGGGACUUUGGACAGCGCAGCGGCAGGAGUUCUGGUGGUUGGUAUUGGAAGAGGAACAAAAAUGCUGAGAACUAUGUUGGCAGGUUCCAAGAAGUACACUGCCAUUGGACUAUUAGGCAAAGCUACUGAUACGUUGGAUGCUACAGGAAGAGUAACUGAAGAAAAACCUUAUGAACAGAUAACAAAAGGAGAUCUUGAAAAUGUGCUGCAAAAGUUCACAGGGGAGAUAAUGCAGGUUCCUCCACUCUAUUCUGCUUUGAAGAAGGAUGGAGAGAGGCUAUCAACCCUGAUGAAGAGAGGAGAAGCAGUCGAAGCAAAGCCUGCUCGGCCAGUGAGAGUGUACAGCCUCUCUCUCCAACAGUUCCAGCCACCACUGUUCACACUGGAUGUUGAAUGUGGUGGUGGCUUUUAUGUCAGGAGCCUGGUCAGUGACAUUGGCAAAGAACUGUCUACCUGUGCCACUAUGCAAGAGCUGACCCGAACCAAACAGGGGCCAUUUACGCUAGAGGAGCAUGCCCUUUAUGAAGACAAAUGGACAAUUGAUGAAAUUGCACGAUCCUUAGAGCACUGCAUGUCUCUUCUCCCAGGAGAGCCAUCUCAUAAAAAAUUGAAGACAGAGCAUCCUGGCGAAACUGCUGUGAGCUGUGAAGAUAAGUGAUAAGUUGCAUCGAGAAAAAAGACUGAAUGAUUGAGGCAUUUUGAGAUUGGAUUGGGAUUGUCUUGCCUCCAGUGUAAAUUUACAAGUCUGUACUGGGAGGGUGACAAACUGCAGUGCGGGAAAAACAGUUCUUUUGUUUUCUGGGGUUAGAACAUGCACUGAAAAUAUCCAGCGCUUGCUGUUUCCUGAUCUGGUUUUUUUUUUUCCCUUUUGGCACACUGUAAAUGGGCUUGUCACUGAUGUCAAAUCUUCAUAAACUUUUAAAGAACUUGCAGGAUGC